GGGAUGAAUCCCUAGAUCUGGUGCCGGUGGAGAUGCAGCACUACAACAACAACUACUACUACUACUACAACUACAACUUGAGCUAUGAGCCGCCUGAGGAUCGGUCGACGGGCGGCGGGGGGAAACGGGGCGGACGACGCCUGCAGCAGCUGGUGCGAAGGACGCGGUACGAGCUGCAGCAAUGGCCGCUGCUCAUGCAGCUGCUCCUGUUCGUCCUUUGGCUGAACGCCAAGUUCUGGCAGCUGGUCAACGAACAGGUCACCUACCGCCGCAGGAGGUGGCAUUAAAUUGAAGGGGCCGAAGGACAUCGGGUGUUGCUUGGUAUGAGUUCGAUCUAGGCUUAAGUUGUGAAAAUUAUGCCCACAGUCUUACAAUCUCAUCUCAAUAAAAUUAAUCAAAAUGAGCUGCGUAGUGGAAGCAGCGAAACACAGCCCACAGCCUUCUGUGUGAGGAGAGAACAGCCAGAAAACAUCCUGAACCCCCAGAAAAACGAGUGCGGACACCAGCUACUCGUAGCUCGAUACUCGUUACUUGUUACUCGCUACUCGUUACUUUAUCACGAACUCGAUCCAUCAUCACGUGCGCUCCUCAUCGUUGUCGAUCUUUCGUCGUUCCUCUCUCGUCGUUUUAAGCUCGUCUCUCUUUUACUUCUCUACAACUUUACUCGCUCGUUCAUCCCUCUUCGUUCUUUCUAGCUAUCGUUCCUAGUCGUUAUUGCAUGCCAUACAUCCUUAGAAGUCUCGUUUCUAUAUCGCUAUGUAUUUCUUUGCACAUCAUCAUCAUCGACAUAACAUUCCAUCAUUUAAUCCCACCCGAACCGAAACCAAAACCAAAACACAGUAGUCGACAACGCUAACUCAAUCAUAUCAGUCAUGAACAAGAAAAUGGGCAAGCGCAACUAAAUGUUAAUGCCUCGAUUAAUGUAACCCACCCAUCAUCAGUAGAGUCAACAAGAAGCCUUAGAAGCACCCAGAAAUCCCAUGCGAAACCAAUAAAUCUACAAACUUUUAUAAAAGGUUUCUCCUGCAAAGCUUGUCCAAGAAACUAUCCCCCAGAAUGGAAAACCGAUAGGAAUAGAAAAACCUUUGUUAAGAGAAAACUUUUUCAUGAUUCACAGGAAUGCGAUUAAGAUCAAGGUCUAAAUAUUUAAGUAGUUUCGUAUAUUGAGUAGCGCUUUUUAAUUUGGUAGCCAGGCAAACGCUAACCGAGCAGAAAUUCAAUUGUGUUUACUUAAUUCAACAUAUAGUAUAUACGAUAUAUGGAUACUAUAAUUUUAUAUACAACAUACAUAAUUAUAGAGUUAUAUGCUAGGCAAACGAGCUAUUUAAAGGCAGACGCUGUAGUUACUCGAGGAUGAUAAUAUUAUAUUUAGUUAUAACAAAUAUGUUUACGAUUAACUAGCGGAAUAUUAUUAUAUACGCAGACCACAUACACAAACACUGAAAACCCAUACGAGAACAACUAACUAUUGAAGAAGACCCCACAAUAUUCGUAUGGAUCAUAGUUGAACCAGCUUAGUGAAAUACUUUAGAGAGAUCCACAAAAGUCAGCUGAAACUUUAUAUGUUAUAUGCGUAACUGCAGAAUGGACUUGACAAACCAAAAACGAACAAGAGUAAACUAUAUUAUAUUAUUAACUAUUAUAUACGAUAUUGAAUGGGCGUGCCCCAGUGGCCGUUCCCAAAAAUAAACAAGGCGCUGUUCAGCUGUUUGAAAGAAGGUCAUAAAAAUAUCUAGCAAAGACGAUUUUAUGUGUUUACGUUAAUAAAAUGCUAAGUUCAGCUUAUCGCAAUGAUUUCCAUUAACAAGUUAGAAUAUAUUUUCAACAUUAGGAUGAACAAGAAGAUGAGAAGAAAAAGACAACAACCAAAACACAAACACAACACAUUCAACACGACACAUACUUGAAAUUAGUGAAACGACAAACUGAGGUUACAAAUAAAAUAUAAAACAGACCCUUAAUGAAAAACACUUCAAUUAUGUAGCGAAUAAAAUGAACACAUUUAAUGAUAAUAUUAAGUUGAGGAACAAAGUAGCAAAUUGAGCAGAGAGCGUAAAAUUAAUUAUAAGUAAGUCGCGCAAAACUCUACAGCAACUCGAAAUACAACAAGCAGAAAAUUAAACUUACAAAUAAGAAGCAAACGAAGCAGACGCAAAUUCCGAGAAAACGAAUGGGAAAAAGGAGAAGUGAAAGGCCCCUGAGAAUAAGAUGAAUCAGAACACAAUAGCUAACGAACUAGAGGUAAAUCAUAAGGAAAACCCAAAGGAUCUAGGGAAAUCAAGUCAAGCAGCCCAAAGCUACGGAGACUGUUUGGGCCCCAAAGAAGACGUGAAAAUGGAACAUCAUGGUUACGAGAAGCACAAAGUAGCAAGGCGCUACGUCAAGAUCGAACAUCAGAUAACCCGAAGGCUACACCGAGUGUCUCCAACCCAAGAAGACAGAAGCUGCAUCUCAAAAUUGAGCAGAACAAACACACAAAAUUAAUAUAAGGUAUUGGUGGUUACAAAAUAAUAUAAAUCGAAUAUUAUAUACUCAUACGACGAAUUGGCAUAUAUAGGGAAAUGAAUAGAACGAUUCAGUGAAGUAUAAUCAAAAGGCUGAAGACUGGUCAUGCCCUAAGGUCAUUGCCAGGCUUCACAGACAGGAGGAACGCCUUGGGAUGUGGAACAAUCAGUGUGGCCAGACCUCGCUUGCAUGCUUCAUAUCCUGAAGGUGUAAACGUCUGCUCGGAAGUUGAAAUCAAAGCAUAAAGUUCAAGCUAAAAUUAAUAUAUAUAAAUGUAUAGUAAUACGGAAGAGCAGUUAAGUUUUGUGCCUCAAGCUCAGUCCAGACUGACAUAAUUUAGCUAGUUCCAAUUAGUUCCCGCGCGGAAUCAUACAUGCGUUCAAGAGAGCACUAAGCACGCGGAGUAGCCGGGCAUGGAGUCCCGGUAAAAUGGGUGUGAGGGUGCCACCAAAAUUGAACAAGUGUCGCCGACCAGAAAAGGAUAAGUUCUUGAGAAGUUUCCUUCGAUUUGAUAACAUACGAUUGUUUCCGACGGUUUUGGCUGGGUAAGGGGCACAGACAAAGCUCGUUCGAUAGGUGUACUCACACUUUGUCAGUAUUUAAUCGAAAAUCGUUAAUUAAUCGUAUUACAAUUAGUCACAACAAGGCAAACCAUAGUAAAAUUAAUGUUGAGGGUCAUUUGUGAAAGGAUAGACGGAAUGAUGGGAAAGUAGAGCAAAGGAUAAAGUUAGUCAUUUUUCCAGCAAGUUAAAGCAUUAUCAUAUGCAACUAUAUAAAUGUUAAAUUUAAUAAUAACUAUUAAUAUCUACAUAUAUAUACCAGAGAAAUAUUACACCAAAAGUUAUUGAAAGUUACACGAAUCGACGCGAACUCAAUUAAAGAAUCUAGCAGAUAAGUGAAGACAGUUGACGAUUGCACAGAAGCAGAAGUACAGUAUGUGCCAAAAGCUGCGAUAACCGCGAGCUGCCUUGAGCAGAGCAUUAGCGAUGUCAGGCCAAAGUCGAACUAGGUAAAUAAAACGAACACGAUUGUCUAGGCGGUAAGUUGGUGUUACAGUUCAUUAAAAGCGUUUAAAUUAUAUAUGGACAAACCAGUAUAUUACAGAUUAAAGAUAAACUCAAUAUUAAAGAUACGCUUUAUGGCAAAUAUUACUAUGUGUAUUCAUUAAAUGUGUGUACUAUUUACCAGUGGAAAAAAAAUUAUUGUUACAAUUUAGGGUAUUAAGUCACGUAAUUAUUAAGAUAUAUGGACAUAUAGAUUAAGAUUCUGAAACUUAUAUGAUAUGAUUGAUUCUUAAACUUGUCGAAUUGCGAACUCAGACAAACAAAGUCACGGUGCCGAAUUACACCUUAGGCGAAACCAGAAACCAAAUCAAACCAAACAAAACAAUUAUAAUUUAGAAAAAAAAAA